CUUUGGAACAAACUCCCCUUCAAGUCCUCUCAGCCGCCCACCUCGUCAGCUCAAGACUUGUGCCCUCCUGCUCGAUCCUCUUACACAUCUCUGAGAGUGAAUCACUUACACAUACACACACGCUUACUCGCAAUUAAGCGAACGAUAUCGACGACUUUGACUAGUUAUAAAACUAGCCUAACUUGACGACUGGACACUCAUCAGCAACCUCAUCUCGCCUUGCCUCAUUCAUCAGGUCACAUCACCUCUUGGAAGCAAGUCUAAGUCUCGAACUAGCCCAGGCCAGGACCAGCAAAGAAAGGGAAAUACACCCCCUCGUAAUAAUCGGCCCCGUUCGUCUGACCCACACUCAUUCGACCAUCCGACCGGCGCCACUGCAGCGUACCUUGUGCCUGAACUCAACAACGAGCUGAGAAAGCUACGCUACGCUACCGUAUUACGGCAACGAUCCGUCCAUCCCCAUCCCCAUACAUCCCAUCCCCUUGACGGAAACCAAAGCUCGAGUCACCCCAAAUAAAAAAAAGAGGUUUCCCCUUAUUGGAUCUUGUUACUUAUUUGGGCUGUUGCGCAAAAAGCAUAACUUUCUCUCACAUCCACCCGUAACGAGCCCCCUUUCUCUCACUCACUCCUGAAGAGACUCGCCUGUCCGCCUUUCGUUCAUCUGCAAUACAAUACCAAUACGUCUGCGACAUCAUCUCUCGCUCGUGUUGCCUAUUCCAACGUUCCGGUGUCGACGUCUCUCGCCAAACUCAACCAUCACUUACCACCACUCCUUUACCUGUCCGAAACACGCUCCAAUUAUAUUGGUGACGCUCGCAUCUUGAAUACCAUUCGGCUUUCUGUUUCUCUGCCGCUUCAAUCUUUUAGCCAAUCCGCGCUCACAUUCGCUCAAUACCCUUUGUACACUCUGUCGACCAAGACGAGUAUUCCUUCAACCACCACAACAACAACUCAUUCAUUUACACGUUCUCGCAACAACAGACAACAUGAUUGAAGGAUCAUCAACACCCUCUAACAUGGGCCGAGGAGCCUACGACACAACCGGCUGCCCCAAGCCCCCGCCCCGCCCCAGACCUUCAUAAGAGGCCACCUCGCUUGGAUUGUUGGAUAAACUCUACAUGUAUCCCAACCUAAUGCGACUGACGACCACGCCAAAGCCGGGCCACGCUGGCGGUUAGGCCUGUCCGGCGAUGACACGACACUGCGACUGUACUGUUACAGACGCGCACUUCUCACUCUUCCGCCUGUCUUCCCUUCGACUCUAAGCGAUUUUUCUAAUUACGACACCAUUUUAAUCACUUUCAGCAGCCAAGGAACCGAAUAACUCCCGGCUCUUAAUGCGUUCCGAAUACACUUUUUAAUACACAUUCCUGUCGAAAACCAUAUACACAACGGCUCGGAGCCAUCCCUUGCUUCCCAGCAGCAAGCGGAAAUUUCAAGGGAAGGACUUUUUUCUUGGGAACGAAUGCACUCAUUGAUUUGAAUGAGUGUCGAUUUUCUUAUUUUUCACACUUCCUGAUUCGUGGCGACGCGAAGUUUGUUUUAUCAUAUUGGGCUCAGCAACGCGGCGUUUGAACAUAGACGGGAACCAAAAAACGGGAUUUGUUUUAUUUUCUUGUCUUCGAGUUUCAUCUUCACAGCAGCGUCCUUGUCGGCUCCAGGUCUCGAGUCGUCUUUCGGUAUCCACAGUCUCUCCCUCGAUAACCAAUCUGAACCUACAGCACCCACUCACGUCAGGGCGUUCUGAGUCGGAAUGCAGAUCUGGCUGGGAUGGGAAUGUCUCAGAUUCGCCUCCACAGCGCAGCGCAGCACGACAAGGGUUGGCGAGCAUACUUGGAGAGAAAGUAGAUGACCGAAACCGAGCAGAGACAACAACGACAAGGAAGACCUGACGACGGAGCCAAGAAGAUCGAAUGCCACGAGGACAUAUUUUGGAGUUCAAUUUCAGCAAGGGUUUCGGAUAAGGAUCACAAAAACUGGGACCGGAUGGGAAAAGAUGUUCAUUUUGCAUAUAGACCUGGGGGACUUUGUUUACCUUUUUGCUUUUUUGUUUUCUCCGUUUACUCUCGGUUCCCAUCUUGCUUGCACAGUUUUCCAUCUGGCCAGCUUCUCUCGUUUCUUUUUUUUCUUCUUUUUUUUUUUUCUACUGUUACUUUUUAUUAUUCCUGGAUUGGACCGCUGUUGUGGUUUGGGCUCCCUCGCGGGAGGACCAACAGCAGAGGGAUAUGUUGCUGUAUUCCCGUGUACUAUUUCUGUAUUGGUGUACAAGACACGGCAAGGCUAUUGGAAGAGGAUUGAGGAGGGGGAAGAGGAAAGCGAUACCGAUGCUCUGGCCGUGUUGAGAGAGCACUUGGGCUGGACUCAGGAUUGAUAGAAGAUACCCCCUACUACGCGCUUCCCCCCCUCGAAGCCUCUGGACUGUAUAGUAUUAUUUUAUAAGAUGGAAGACAUUUAGCUACACAGCUCACGGAGACUACGAGGAGAAAAAUACAAAUAAUGGAAAUAUUCAAUAACUAUCAUUGGCCUCGAAUGCAGCAUGCGACUUGAAGAGGAAGAAUGUAAUGUUAUGGUAUGGUAUCGCAAGAAAUCUAUUGAGUGUUGGCCAAGAUGAUCGUUGGUGAGUUAUCGUAUACUCGCUGCGUUUACCUCGUUUGGGAACGUCGAGGCGAGGAAGAGAAGAUGGGAAUCACUUGGUCGAGAGAUUGUUUGCUAUGCUCGAAGCCGUAGUUUGUGUGACGAGCGGGUAGUGGAUGACGAACCGGGAGAACUUGGAAGAUCCCGAGGAUUUGGGGAACGUACGUUUGUUUGUU